GGAAUUAUCAGGGCGGACUAACUCGACGGUUGGAGGGGUAGCGUCGAAAUACAUCUGCCGCGUAGGAUGCCUCGGAUAUUUCAAGCCCCUAUCUCCAAAUGCAGCCAGAAUACAUAACAGCAGCUGCGUGCAGUCUUGACGUCGAACCCUUGCGACAAGAGUAAUGAACCUGAACGGGAGCCAUCCGCAACAAUGACUUCCGUUGACGACAAGCCCACUGUCAGCAUGGGCGAGGCACCUGUGCAGCCGCACCGCAAAGAACUCGACGUCGUGCCGAUCCAGCAGGCCGCUGUUGAGGACGCCUAUCAUGUCAAGCUCAGUUGGAGAUCGUGGAUUGUGGUUUUUUGCACCUGUUUUGCUAUCAUGGCCCAGGUGUUCGUUGUGGUAGCAGCCGGAUCAGUCAUCGCCUUUAUCAUCCGCGACCUUGGUGACGGGGCCGUCGCAGGAUGGAUUAUCCAGGGUCCCUUACUGAUGCAAAGCGUGCUGUCGCCCAUUGUCGGGCGCCUUUCUGACGUCCUCGACCGCAAGUAUCUGGCUUCAGUCCCGCCCCUCAUUGCCUUCGUCGGGGCUGUUAUCUCGGCUAAAGCGACUUCCAUGGGCAUGCUCAUUGGCGGCGGCAUUCUGAUUGGCACGACGUUAUCUACGAUUGCUAUUGUCCAGGCUAUUCCCUCGGAAAUUCUCCCGCUCAAGUAUCGAGCUAUCGCAAACGGGCUGGCCUUUAUCGGCGGCUCUCUUGGUGGAAUCAUUGGCUCUUUGGGGGCUGGAGCCGUCACGAAUGUCAAUGCAUCUGGAUGGAGGUACAUCUUUUGGAUGCAGGCCGCAUUUCACGGUGCCACCUCUUUGGGUCUCUUCAUCUUUUACUGGCCUCCGAAGCGAACAGAGUCUCCCAAGAUGUCCAUCAAGGAGGUUCUUUGGGCAUGCGACCCCAUUGGAUCCGUCCUCUUCAUCGGCAGUGUCUCGCUUAUGCUCCUGGCCCUGAACUGGUCUGGAGGAACCUAUUCUUGGUCCGAUGUCCAUGUCAUCGCCCCGUUGGUUGUUGGUCUUGUCUUGCUUGUCUUGUUCGGCCUAUACGAGUGGAAAGGAAGAGAAGAUGGCCUUGUGGCCCAUAUUUUCUUCUCGCAAAACGCAAACUUUGCCCUCUCUGUCUUCGCCUUCGGUGUUGAGGGCUGGGUCUUCUACUCGGCUGUCAACUCCAUUGUGCCGCAGAUAAUUCUCAACUUGGGGUUCCAGACGGACCCGUGGCGGAUUUCUGUCCGCCUCCUUGGCUUUACCUUGGUAAACUUGGGUCUUUCAGUCCCUAUUAUGCUAUACUCCACCAAGUAUAAGGACCUCAAGUCUCCUCUCAUCGUGUCUUUCACUUUCUUCCUUAUCGUAUCAAGCUGCUAUGCGGCGAUCCGACCCUCGUGGAACAAUGCCCAGCAUGCUUUGAAUGUCCUUACAGGCAUCGGACAGUCAGCACCUCUGACACUUCUGGUCGCCUGUGUUCAAUUCACCGCUCCGCACGCAUACCUGUCUACGGCCACGGGACUCGCAUUUUCCGUUCGAGCAAUUGGAGGAGCCUUCGGGUCAGCCAUUAUCGAUGCCAUAAUUAACGGCCGGUUGAAAUCGCAUUACGCCUCGGCCGUGGCUAAGUCUGCUAUGGCUGCAGGGUUGCCAGAAAAGAGUGUGCCGGCGUUGCUGCAGGCCCUGGCCACGGGCCUAAUCGACUCCAGCGACGUACAGGGCGCCGACAGCGCAGUUUGGGAUGCGGCUAUAUCGGAGAGCAGAUGGCAAUAUGCAUACGCCUAUCGCUUGGCUUGGUCAAGCGUCAUCCCAUUUGCUGUCUUGGCCAUUGUCGCUGUUGCUUGUCUCAAGGGCGUGAAGGAGCUGAUGACUGAGAAGAUCGAGGCUACAGUAGAACAUGUCGAACUGGGUAAAUUGGAUGGAGAUGAAAAGGGGACGACAGCAUAG